AUGGUCCAACAUUCAAAUAUUCUCCCAUUGAAUGUAAAACUGCAAAGAACGUAUGUAAAGCUAAAAAUAAAACACAUUGACUAUAUUUUUAAAGUCACAAAAGACACGCACGAUACUCUGAACAUUCUUCAGAUUCAGAUUCCAAAUCAUAAAAUGUGCACAAUCCUAGAAUCCCUGAAUAUGAAAUUAACACCAAUAAUUUUCCGAAAGACAUCAGGAAAAGAGAAAAUCUGA